GUGACUUAUAAGAGGUGAUUAUAAGUAUCAAGAUCCUCAAAGAACUACGUUCCGCACAUUCCAACAUCGCUCUCUAUUGCCGCUCGCCUUGACAUGUCCCGUCUUCGGCUCGUCACUUAACAUCAGCUUCGUGUCACAAUGAAGUCCACGAUCCCUUUUCUUAUCAUCGCCCUUGCAGGUUCAGGCUUUGCACGCUGGUACAAGCGCGAUGAAUGCGCAACUGCGUGUACUGACGCAUAUAACUCAUGCCGAGUUGAACCAGACGCCAGCCAAGCAUUCUGUGCGGAGGAUUACGAAAGAUGUCUCGGAUUCAAUCCAUUCUUGGGCUCAAACUCAAUCAACGCUCCGACAGCAUGCUCAAGAGGCGCUACAGGGGCUUCUAGCACGGCAGCUGUAAAGUCAACCACUGUUCUCAACACACGUUCAGGCACUUCCAGCUCUUCAGCACCCGCAUAUGGCGGGAGUUCAUCUUCUACUGUUGGUGCUGACACCAUGACUCCCGCUGUCAGUACAGACACAAGUAUACCUGAAACAUACGACUGCGUUACCGAGUGUAACGAUGACUAUAACACCUGUCGUACCGCACCAGACGCCAAUAUGGCCAGCUGUGCUGCCCAGUACGCCCAAUGUCUCGGGUACAACCCUUUCAAUGGAGGGGGUUCACUGGUUACUCCUACUGCUUGCUCUGUCCCUGCUUCUGUCACCACUCAAGUGACCCAGUCGAACUCAAGCCCACAGCAAUCACAUAUGGCUUCACAAUCUGAAGCCCCUCAGCCUGAUACAACAGCUGGACCGGCGACCUCUUACCAACAACCAAUAGCUACCUGCAAUGCUGGUACAUGUAUGGAUGGUACUACAACUGAUGGUGGAACUCCAGGAAUGGCGACGGAGCCCCCAGUCAUUGUUGACGCGGCUGGAGAUGUCAAACCUUGGAUAGGCUUUGCGGCUUUGGCAAUUGCUGUCGCACUUUAAGGCUUGGCUGACAAAAUUACCCAACACAUUCAGCUCUUGUAUUCAACUUGCUACAGCAUGAAUGCUGAUAAGAACAAAACCUAGAAUAAGACUCUUUCGUCCCCUGAGGGGGUAGAGGAUGCCUCCAAUGCGUCGUGCUGAGUCGGGUCCUCUUGUGUUUCCGAGCUUUCAAAACCUUUGGUAGUUGAGACGUUUUUAAUUGUCUGCGAGGCGCCAUCACUUGGUUGAUGUUGGUCGCAUGAUACAAAG